GAGCUGAGCAGCUGCGCUGGCUCAGAGAGUGAGACUGCAAAGACAGCCAGUUGGCCACUGGGCUCGGAGAUGACCAGUGUGAAAUUUAGAGUGGACGAGAGCUUUUUUGUUGUGGACAGAGCCCUUUUGGAGAAACACUGUGAGUACUUUAGAGCUCUUUUCCAGUCAGGAAUGAAGGAAUGCCAGCAGGAUGAGAUUCACCUGCAGGGACUGAGUGCUCGUGGCUUCCUGCUGGUUCUCAGUGUUAUCAGUGGUGAGAGACCUAUCCUCCUGAACGGAGAUGAAAUUGUUGAAGCUAUAGAGUGCGCUGCCUUCCUUCAGGUAGAGCUCCUUACCAAACAUCUCAGAAACAUGAUCAACUCUGACAACUGUCUGCUCAUGUACCAUACAGCUGCCACCUAUGGAUUACUGGAGCUUUUCAAAUGUGCCGCAUUGUUCAUCUGUGACAUGUACCAGGAUCUGAAGGAUGACAUGAAGUGCCUGCCAGAGGAGCUUAUAAAAUACACAGAGACUCUCAUUCCAAGUUCGUAUGUCACCGUAGGUACACACUCUCCCUCCACUACACAGCUACAGGACUUCAUGCGCACAGUUUGUUAUUUAGACGAGGAGGAAAAGGAUUGGAAGGUCCUCACAAAUUUACCUAUCAGUGCCAGCACCACGAUGGCUGGAGUUACAGCGCUUGACAAUAAACUGUAUAUUGUUGGAGGUGUAUAUGACAUCAGCAAUAAAGUUGUAGGCUCUGGAUUCUGCUAUGAUGUGACAUCAGAUACCUGGAGCACAUUUUCUAGCCCGCAACAGCUUCGCUAUAACUUCACUUUAGUGGGCCAUGAGGGUUACCUCUAUGCCAUUGGUGGAGAGUAUGAGAGAACAAUUAUGUCGUCUGUGGAAAGGUACGAAGUCUCCACUGACACUUGGACCUUUGCUUCCCAUCUGCCACGCCCCGCUUCAGCUGUGCCAUGCGCCAAGACAAUGAACAGAAUUUUCAUAUGUCUGUGGAAGCCCAAGGAUGCCACAGAAAUCUAUGAAUAUGUAGUGAACAAGGAUGAAUGGAUCCUGGUGACAACACUGAUAAGGCACCAGAGCUAUGGCCACUGUAUGGUUGCCCACAGGGACAAUCUUUAUGUGAUGAGGAAUGGGCCUUCAGAUGAUUUCUUGAGAUGCAUGAUGGACUGUUACAACCUGACCUCAGGUCAGUGGACCACCAUGACAGGGCAAUACGAGAACAGUAAGGGAGCUCUUUUCACUGCUGUGGUGAGGGGUGACUCUGUUUUCACCCUGAAUCGGAGAGCAACAGUAGAGUAUGCAAUUGAGGACAAAAGAUGGAGGACAAAAAAAGAAAUGAAGGGCUUUCCAAGAAUCGGCUCCAUGUGGACAUUUCUCCUGAGACUGCCAAAGAAAAGCAAAGCGCCUCUGGGAAAAUCAUUUUUGACUAAUGGCCAAGACUUGGCAACCAGCCUUGACAUCAAUUCAAGCUUCCCCAUAAAAUGCUAUGACUGA